UUCCUCACUCUCUCUUUUCUCUCUCGUUUCUCUGCUACUCAUCUCCUUCACUCCCCCUCUCCAUCUCAUCUUCCUCCAUCCAUCUAUGGCCUCUCAACCAGCUGCUCCACCACAGAACCCACGCACACCAGCGACCAACAGAGACCACACGCACGGUCAUCGCUCCCCUUCUCCAUAUCCCUACACAGCAGCAGCCUCCCUCAACUCCGGUCAUUCCCAUUGUCUCCGGCCACAAAAGAUCAGCCGAGAACCACUCCUUCAGACAGCCUCUCGGGCACUCGCAGCAACACCCAGCCAGACCAGACUGAAUCAGCGCCAGCGGGCCUCUCCACUCCAGUCAUCAACUCAGGCAACGGCCCAGCUCCGGCCACCUGAUUCCCCCACGGCCACGUUCAUCUGGUCCAUAUUAGCAGAUCAUUAAUGGCACGUAACAG